CCAUGACGGAGCCGAGCAACAGAAAAGAAGGAUUUAAAAAAUGCCGGAGUGCCACUUUCAGCAUCGAUGGCUAUAGCUUCACAAUUGUUGCCAAUGAGACAGGAGACAAAAAUGCUCGGCCGCUUUCACGAUUUGCUCGGUCAAAAUCUCAGAACUGUCUGUGGAACACCAUUAUUGGUGGGCUCACAGGAAAUCUUAAGGAAAAGCAGAAACCCACUAUAGUCUAUGACCCCAGGCCUCCGGAAGAAAUCUUGGCAGAUGAACUGCCACCCGUGGAGAGUCCUGAUGCGCUCGUGAAAACAUCAUUCAGGUUUGAUUGA